AUGAGUAGAGACAGGACCCUGUCGCCACCCGGCGAGGCCCUUGAGCUGGAGCCCCUAGUGACCAGCGACGAUGAACAGCCGGACUCGCCGCUGGCCAUGCAGCCGCCAGCACCGCCCCGCCCCCGAUGGCUGACCGACACACGGCGGCGGCACUGGCUGUCCAGCGCCGCUGCCCUCUCCGCCCGCCUUCUCCGCCCACGGCUGACUUGGCGCUAUCUCCUCUUCAGCAUCUUUUGUCUAUACGCGCUCUACUGCUUGGUCCGGGGCUCUCCCCUCUUGGCCUCGCCGCUGCCGUCCUAUGCAGGACCCUACGGAGUCGGCGCUAUCGAUCUCGAGGUACCUCUAGCUGGCGGGCCUCUGCGUGUCGCUGAGGGUGUCAUCAAGAGCACCGGCCAGCCAGCCUUUGAAGUGGAAACCCUCCUGGCUACCAUCUAUUAUCCAACCGACCGCGGCUUCCGCUCCCGCAAGCCCCGGUAUCCCUGGAUUCCGCGGCCGAUCAGUCUCACAGCCAAAGGUUACGCCCGCCUCGCCCAUGCAGAUAACUUCCUCACUCGACCCAUCUUCACUUUCGUCCUGUGGGCCGUUGGCGGCCCCAUCACCAUCCCGGCCGAAGUCGACGCGCCGCUGCUUUCCAGCGAUAAGGGUCUUGAAGCCUUCCCUGUUACCGUCUUUUCUCACGGCGAUGCCAGCUCUCGUACCGACUAUACCCACUUUCUUGGCGAGCUUGCUAGCCGCGGCCAUGUCCUCGUCGCCAUUGAACACCGCGACGGGAGCGGGCCUGGCACCAUAGUCAAGACCUCCGCCGGCUCCCCCGGCCGCCAAGUCCUCCCAUUCCGCUUCUCCGACCUCGCAACCGAUCUUGACGCUGACUCUUUCAAACGCGCGCAGCUCGCAUUCCGCGACGCCGAGAUUCACGCUGCCAUUGAACUGCUCCAUAUCAUUGGCAAGGGAGCGCUAGUUCACAACACGCGCGACCCGGUUACCACUCUCACUUCCUGGGCGGGCCGUCUCAACCUCACCCAGCUCACUAUUGCCGGCCACUCCUUUGGCGCCACGGGCGCUCUCCAGGCCCUCACAAACUCCGACGCCCCCGCUGCCGGCUUGAUUCUCGACCCUGGCAAGUCCAGCGGCCCGCUCAACCCCAACGCGACCGUGCCUAUCCUGGUUGUGCACUCCAACACCUGGUCCCGCACCGUCAGCUUAUUCUACAACCGCCCACACUUUGAUACGGUGCGCGACCUCGUCCGCGCCAUCCCGGCGCCGUCUUGGUUCCUCACUAGCAUCGGCACUGCUCAUCCCAGCGUCACUGAUGCGCCGCUCCUUGAACCUCUGAUUCUCAGCUGGACGACUGGCGCAACACUUGAUGUAAAGGAGGCUCUACGCGAGUAUGUGCGUGUUGCGCAGGACUUUUCACUUUUCGUAAGGAGCGGCGAACGUAGAGGCAUUCUGAAGGAGAAAACGACGCAUCAUCAAUACGGCGUCUGGGUGGAUGAGGAGCGAAAAAAGGAGUUUCCGAAGGAACUGGCGAGGUACUGGGAGGUGCAUGUUACGCCUGAGGAUCAAGAGAAGCCGCUCGAGAAACCUGUAGAGUUGUAG